ACGCAUACAAUUCGAAAGAGUCUUUGAACGCACCAUGCUGUCGUUGUCACGUUGGCUGCACGCAAGAUGCCCCCAAGCUGUUUCCGAAUCAAGUGUUGUGAGGAAGGUUGGUUGAACGCACGACGCGGAAGUGAGGCUUUGAUGCCAGCUGAUCGCUGGCUGAAGAUGGCCCCCAAAGAUCCGCUUCUCAGCGCACUCAAAGUGUGCUUGUUGAACCUGCAAUCGAACGAUGGGCAGACGGUGACGGACAGCAACCCUCAGCUGACUUGUUGCUGCCAGCUUCUUGAGCUGCUACUCAGGAAAGGACUCCAACAGCCAGUCCUCAGUCUGGUUCAUAGAGACUACUGGCAUUGUUUUGAGCAGCUUCUUCCCAAAGAUACAUGCGGCAGGCUGUCCACCGUGGCGUCGGCUGUGGAACAGACGAAAGCGUGCAGGAAGCUGAUCUCGGCUCAGGGCCGAGGCCGUUACCUGCUCCGGUUGGCCCUCGGCCGCAAGACCCUGCCGCAGUUCAUCGCUCACCUCCUGCACACUCCCACGGUCCUGGAGUGGUACAGCCCAACCUUGUCAAUUCUCAGGAAUGAAGAAUUUUCAGAACCUUUCAUGUCCCUGCUCUUGGUUCUCUCCCAAAUGGAUUUCAAAGUGGACAUGGAGAAUUGCAGUUUUUUGGAUGAAAGCUGGCUUUUACCGGUGUGUGAGCUAUAUGAAGUAGUACCGUGUCGACAGGUGGGAAUGGUCUUCAGCUACCUCAAUGGACGCGUCUUCCUUCUGGACAUGAUAUCUGGCGGCCAAGCACACGUUGACCAGUUUAUCAGCCGUGGCGACGUCAUUGAUGAGAUCAAUGGCACCUGUCUGAGGAACUCCAAGAGCGGACAGGCAGGUGUGGUUCUAUCGCGAUUGAAAGGCUGCUUCCUGUCCAUCCGCGUUGUGCGUUGGCGGGCCCGGGACGGAACAGUGUAUCGUCCUCUGGUCAAACUGCUGCGGACUCUCAGGAUCGAGAACCCGUGGCUGCAACUUGGUCCUGCUCCCUCCCACCAGCCUGCUAAUGACCCAAGAACUUCUCCUCCAACACAGUGUUUCAAAGAAGGAAGGAUUGUGUACAUUGUCCACUUCUUGGGGGACACAAACAUUGGAAAGUUUGGAACCAAAGAGGUGUUGCCGUUUGCAAUUUCACACGUGUUGCAGGAAAACCAGCCAAGCAAGGAAGUGCAUUUAGAUUUGAAAGAAACACAUUUGACGUGCACAGAGAGCAGCAGUAAUGAGACACUGUGUGAACAUCACUACCCAGAUAUUUCAUGUGUCGGGAGGUACGCACAGCCAGAUUACAGCAUAUUGGGUUUUUGUGUCAUUAAGAGACCACCAGAAACUCCAUCCACCAGCUCUCCAACAAGAUUCAGUUGUGUGGUGCUCAAAGCUGCUUGCUCCAAAGAGUGCGAAGAGAUUGUUAAGCGAAUAGCCACUGGUUUUAAGCACACAGAAUGGUUUGUAUGAUACAUGUGUAAAUAAACAGUUCAAACUCAAAAGAGUGAAUCAUCAAUAAAUCACACAUACAAGAAAGUCUACUCAUAAAGUACUUUAAUAGAAAGAUGUGACAAUUCUCAAUUAUUAAAAUGUAGCUGCCAGGGUUUUGUUCAAUCUUGGAAAACAUGUAAAAAGCAGUCCCGAAAAAUGAGGUCUGCUCCUUGCACCAAGUGUUGUGUAACAGUAGUGAAGAGAUCUGUUGGGCAAGCUGCAUUUUGUGCCGGAAAAUGGUAGCCAAUAGGUGACGCCAUCAACAUGGAGGGAUGGAGGGAGGCGGUUAUCCACAAAAACUCGAGGGAAGGAAAGGGGCUGUGAUGUCUUAACACGUAACAAUCCACAUAACAGGCAAAUAUUCCUAUGCAACUACCCAUUAACUUGUGGAAUGGUUGAUGGCUAAAAUGCAAUACAAAAGUCAAACUCGAGAAAUAAU